AUGGGGCAAAUAACAGUCGAGCUGUACCACAAGCACGCCCCGAAGACGUGCAGAAACUUCUUGGAACUCUCACGGAGAGGGUACUACAAUGGCACCAAGUUCCACCGAGUGAUUAAGGAUUUUAUGGCUCAAGGCGGUGUUCCCACAGGGACUGGACGAGGAGGCGAGUCUAUCUAUGGAGCCAAGUUUGAGGACGAGAUAACGCGCGAGCUGAAGCACACGGGUGCGGGCGUGCUCUCCAUGGCCAAUGCCGGGCCCAACACCAACGGCAGCCAGUUCUUCCUCACGCUCGCCCCCACUCCCUGGCUCGACGGCAAGCACACCAUAUUUGGCCGAGUGUCGCAUGGAAUGGACGAGCUGAAACGGCUGGGCAACGUGCAGGCAGACAGGACUGACAGGCCCAUCCAUGACGUGUAUCACUGUCAGAUGCCAAUAGGUCAGGAGAAUCUGUUGCAACAGGGCAAGGCGCAGGUGCUUCUGCCGCACCCUGUCGAGGACGUCACUCCAAUGCCUGUCCCCUCUCUCCUGCACGCAGCGCCCGUGCAGAGCCUUGCAUCUGCCGCCCUUGGAGACACCGGAGGGCGAGCAGCCUCCACUCUCCUUUCCUCAGUGGACUCACUUGGUCGAACCAUCGUCUCCACCUUCUCCUCUUCAUCUGUUGGCCAAGACAAAGCACGCCACGCCACCAUGCUGCUGCUCUCCUCUCCUCCCCUCCCCUCCCCUCCCCUCCCCUCCCCUCCCCUCCCCUCCCCUCCCCUCCACUCCCCUCCCCUCCCCUCCACUCCCCUCCCCUCCCCUCCCCUCCCCUCCCCUCCCCUCCCCUCCCCUCCCCUCCCCUCCCCUCCCCUUCCCUCCCCUCCCCACCCCUCCGCUCCGCUCCCCCCCCCUUCCCCCACUCCCAACUGGGAUCAUACUGCUCAUAUGCUUCUGCCACCUCCAUUCCCCCCCCUCCCUCCUCCCCAUCCGUCCCAUCUCCCCGCACAUGACAUGACUCCUGACUCCAUCCGCCACCUCUCCCCCUCCCCCUGCGGCAUCACUGAGUCGGGGCCGUGCAGCACUGCCAUCUCGGUCACAGGACCCGCCACAAUCCGGGUGGCUACGUCCUGCUUCUUCCCCCGAUCAGUAGACCUACACGACCCAGCCUCCCCCUCUCCCGCUUCCCCCCUGCGCACAUUCCGCCUGCCCUUUCCCCCCGCUGCUGUGGGCUUCCUGGGGGGAACCGAGCGGGGCAGGGGGGGAGGGAAGCGGAGGGGUGGGGAGAUGGAGGGGGAGGGGGAGGGGAAUGCAGUUGAAGGGGUCAGGCUGCUGGCAGUGUGCGAAGGGCCUCAGCUCAGCAUCUGGGACGAGCGGGCUGCUGAAAACGGUGGCUGUAUCCAGCGAAUCACAGUCUCUCCUGCUGCCGAACCUCUCUACGCCCUAGCCUCGACAGUAGGCUCGGGAACAGGCUCGGUGACAGGCCUGGUAGCUGUAGGAGGGGCCGAGCGCACUGUAGCUGUGUACGACGUGCGGAAAUGGGCGGCAAGAGGCCAAUGGGUCGGCUGCGUUCGGCAGGACGUGAUGGGCAUAGCUUUCCCUGUGGCUGGUGGUGAGAGAGAGGACGUGAGACAGGGACAGGAGGGUCUUUCGUUUGGGUCUGAUGAAUCCGUGUUUGUGUAG